GGGUGUCGUUGCAGAGCCGCAGAGCAUGCCGCUGCUCGCCCGCUCCCCCAGCACCAACCGCAAAUACCCGCCUCUGCCCGUUGAUAAGCUGGAAGAGGAGAUCAACCGCCGGAUGGCAGAUGACAACAAGCUCUUUCGGGAGGAGUUUAACGCUCUCCCAGCGUGUCCCAUACAGGCCACGUGCGAAGCUGCUUCCAAGGAGGAGAACAAGGAGAAGAACAGAUACGUGAACAUCUUGCCCUAUGAUCAUUCCAGGGUUCACCUGACUCCUGUCGAAGGGGUUCCUGACUCUGACUACAUCAACGCCUCCUUCAUUAAUGGGUACCAAGAGAAAAACAAGUUCAUUGCUGCACAAGGACCAAAGGAAGAAACCGUGAACGAUUUUUGGAGGAUGAUUUGGGAGCAAAACACAGCGACGAUUGUCAUGGUGACCAACCUGAAAGAGAGGAAGGAGUGUAAGUGUGCUCAGUACUGGCCGGAUCAGGGCUGCUGGACGUACGGCAACAUCCGAGUGUCCGUGGAGGACGUGACCGUCCUGGUGGAUUACACCGUGCGGAAGUUCUGCAUCCAGCAGGUCGGCGACGUCACGAACAAGAAGCCCCAGCGCCUGGUGACUCAGUUCCACUUCACCAGCUGGCCCGACUUCGGGGUCCCCUUCACCCCCAUCGGGAUGCUGAAGUUCUUGAAGAAGGUGAAGACGUGUAACCCCCAAUACGCAGGAGCGAUAGUGGUGCACUGCAGCGCCGGGGUGGGGCGCACGGGCACUUUCAUCGUCAUCGAUGCCAUGCUGGACAUGAUGCACGCCGAGAGGAAGGUGGACGUUUACGGCUUCGUGAGCCGGAUCCGGGCUCAGCGCUGCCAGAUGGUACAGACAGAUAUGCAGUAUGUGUUUAUAUACCAAGCCCUACUGGAGCAUUAUCUCUACGGUGACACAGAGCUGGAGGUGACCUCGUUAGAGAUCCACCUUCAGAAGAUCUACAACAAAGUGCCAGGGACCAGCAGCAACGGGCUGGAAGAGGAGUUCAAGAAGCUCACUUCAAUCAAAAUUCAGAACGACAAAAUGAGAACGGGCAACUUGCCGGCAAACAUGAAGAAGAACAGAGUGCUUCAGAUAAUUCCAU